AAGCCCAAAAUUUACAUGGGAACUCAUACGCAAGACAUUGAAGACUUGCUAGCCCUUCCAACAGGAAUAAAAUCAAACCCUAAACCUAAAACCUCUUUCUCUGCUGUGCCUCUUUUCCACGGUUAUACGAAGAGAGGUGGUCAUAGCCACAUAAGGAUGGAAGACGAUGAAAUAGAAGAUUUCAAUAGUGAUGCUUCUGAAUCUGAUUCAGAUUCAGAAGAAGCUGGAGAUGUGAAAUCGAGUGAACCUUCGAAGAAUUCAAUAUUCAACCGGGACGGUCUCCUUGAUAAACUAGGAGAUGUUAGCUGGCCUGAAAAUGUGGGAUGGAUACACAAGCUCACCAUUGAUAUUAAACAAGAGCAAGAGGUGGAUGUGAACGAUGACCUGGCACGAGAGCUUGCUUUCUAUACACAAGCGUUGGAGGGAACUAGGCAAGCCUUUGAGAAGCUUCAGUCGAUGGGGCUUCCUUUUCUCAGGCCUUCCGACUAUUAUGCAGAGAUGGUGAAGACAGAUUCCCACAUGGGGAAAGUGAAAAGCCGGCUUUUGUCAGAGAAGAAGAAGAUUGAGGAGGCUGAGGAGAGGAGGAAGGCUAGGGAGGCCAAGAGACUGUCUAAAGAAAUUCAGUCCCAAAAGCUGAAAGAGAGAGCUAAGCAGAAAAAGGAGGAUAUAGAGUCUGUUAAGAAGUGGAGGAAGCAGAGGCAGCAGAGUGGGUUUGCUGGGGGCGAAAAAGAUGCUGAGAUGAGUUUGCCCUUUGAAGAUGGGAAAGUAUUUGAGAGGUCAAAUAAGAAGAGACCAGGCGUGUCUCCAGGAGAUCGUUCUGGAGGGAAGGCAAGACAAGGUGUUGGAAACAAGAUGAAACAGAAGAAAAGGGAAUCCAGAAAUUCGAAGUUUGGUGCUGGAGGGAGGAAAGGCUUGAAGAAGCAGAACACAGCGGAGACCACUAAUGAUUUCAGAGGGUAUAACAAAGGCAGUAGUAGUACUGGUCCUACUGGAAAUAAGAAGAGGAAGAGGUAAUAGACAUCCUUGAUUUGUGGUUUUUUGUAGGAAAGGACUGUUUCCUGUGCAAACCGUGGUAUAAGAAUUUCUUCCAUUUUUUGGUUUUUUUUUUUUUAGUGGGGCUUGUUGUAGCCUAUUGAGCUUUAUUGCGAUUCUAAUAUAAAUGUAAAAACUUUAAGUUUGCGACC